AUGGCCUGUGCUGUUUUCCAGAUACCGCCAUGGCAUCUUGAUAGAAAAUACAGCUCAUGUUCCACCAUAUUGCUAGAUAACAGCACAGUCAGCCAGCCUGAUCUUAGACACACACUAGAAAGAUAUGCAAAUAGAUCUCUGGCUAUUUUUGAAGAGUCAAUACAUCCACUUUCACAAGAGGAAGCUCCAGGGAAAUCCUUCGAGGAUGAUCCCAAACGCAACUGUAUUUUCAGAUAUUUCUGUACUCUUUUUCAAAUCAUAAAACUAACAGCUCCAUGUGCCAUCGUAGCUUUGGUGUACAUCGAACGACUUUUAACUAGUGCUAACAUCGAUCUUUGUCCUACUAAUUGGAAAAAGAUUGUCCUUGGAGCCAUGCUUCUUGCCUCCAAAGUUUGGAGAAGUCGUGGUCUGUGCAGUGUGGAUGACAGCCAGAAUCCCAAGGACAUUGCAGUUGAGAACAUGAGCAAGAUGGAGAAGUGUUUCUUGGAGCUACUUGAGUUUAAUAUUCAUGUAUCUGCCAGUGUCUAUGCAAAAUAUUACUUCGACCUGCGUGCCUUGGCAAAUGACUAUGACAUGUACUUUCUAUUUACUUUUCUUCACAAAGAUAAAGCACAGAGACUGGAGGCUAUGUCACGGCUGUGUGAAUACAAAGACUUGCAUCGAGAUGCAGCUGCAAUGAAAAGGGCUAUCAGCAUGAACUUCAUUGGUAUUCGGUGCUCUAAUGCCAUCUUAUCUUAA